UAGCAUUGCAGAGAAAUCCACACCUUGCUGUGAUUUCUUUGCAGAAUUUGUUGCAUAAUAGCCAAGCUACUUCGCUCGUUCUCUAUCCGAAUUGCAUUGAGCAUGGCCAAUGUUUGCUGUGCGCUGUUAUGCUGAGCAGCAGUCAUGGCUGCAAGGUAAUCGGCAGAUGAUGGAGGAUAACCCGGUGCAGCUCCGGGCAUGUAAUUGUGCACUCUAGACUGCGGUUCAGAAGAUGCAGGCUGCUGCUGCUGUUGUUGUCCCGGGAUACCUUGAAAUGCAGAAUUAGAACCUGGAACUUGGGGAUGCUGUUGCGGCGGCAGGUUGAGGGUAUCUCUGCUGAUAAGUGAAGUUGGUAUUCUGAGCCGCAGGAGUGUAGUGUGAUUUAGGUGGAGACCUAGAGGAAUAAUUGAGAUCUGCUCGUUGUUGUGCUGGAGGAACAGGUUGAGGAGCAGCAGGAGAGAACUUGGCAGUCGAUGCUGGUUGCUGUUCGGGUUCGGCGAAAGUAACCUUCAGAAUCGACUUUGGUGCAGCAACUGGAGCAGAAGGUGUGAACUUCAGGCUGGUUCCCUGUUGUGCUGCUGGUGCAGGAGCCAGAGCAGCUGCAGAAUUGAAUUUCAGACCAGUCUGUUGCUGUUGUGGCUGGGCAGGUGGUGGUGACGGUGGUGAGACUGGUCUCGGUGACGGGGGUGGAGCUCGAGAAGUCUUCAGUCCAGCCGUGUACAAAGGUGGUGGCGGAGCCUUAAUCUCAACAGCUGACCUGCUGGUUAUUUCGGAGAAGGUGACAGACCAGGAGCAACAGAGCCUAUUCCGUUGGCACUUCUAGGCACAUACUGUACCCUCGAGAGCCCACUCCUACUCCUCCACUAGAUUCAAGGUUGGUCGUCGAAUUGGCUCCUGGAGCAGGGACCGGGUCGCUUUUCGCAGUGCUCUCAGCAGCAACUUGAGCAGCGGCAGCAGCAGCAGCGACUGCAACUGCAACUGCUGCAGCAGGAGGACGUGGAGGAGAUUCGGUGACAGUGGCUGUCUUAGCAGCAGAUGUCUUGUUUGCAGCUUGAGCCGCUGACUUCUGGGCCAUGACGGCGAAUUUGUUGGGGCCGGGUCCUUUGUCAGCCUGGCGAGGAGGUUCGAUCCUCAAGAAGAAACGCUGCUUAUCCUCCUGCUCACGGUAGUAGCAAAUGAGGCAAAGGGUCUUGUUCGGAUCCCUUCGACGUUUGAAAGCCGGGCCUUUGAUGGGAGUGGCACCGCAGUGAACGCAGCAGAUGAUGUUCUGGUGGUACACAGCGCUGGCAUCAGGCUUCUCCCUGGAACAGAAGUCCCCGGAUCGGAUCGAGUCGCUCUGCAGCUUGUCAUCGUGGCAGAAAGCGCACAGAUCGUAGUCGGGAUUCUUGAUGGAGGUGAAGGUGGGACCGCAAAUCGGAGACACGAGGCACUCAUCGCAGCGAUUGUCAAAGUGGUAAUCUUGGUCGUAUUUCUUGCAGACCGAGUUAAUGAAGAGCUCUUCGUAGACUUCGUAAUCUGACUCCGGCUGCGCUCUCCUGUUGGACGGAUUGGUAGCUCUGGAGAAGCAAGCUCCACACAGGUCACAGUCCUCUUGAGUUUUGUGGCGGUAGCGCUUGCCUUUGAUGGGAGCUAUGCCACAGUCGGCGCACUCGAUGAAGCGCACCUGGUAAGGCCCCGUCGACUUGCCCCUCUCGAUCUUCAUGUACUUGAUCUUCGGUUCCGGAAUCUCUCGACGGGAACAUGCUCAACAUACGAGACUUGUGAACAGACGAGACGCAGGAGGGAGGACGCCAUUGCACAGAACUGCCUCCUCGAUAGAACCCCCGAAAGACUUGACGCUUCUGGUAAAGGACGAUCAGACGGACAAGGCGCUCACCUUCGGGUGGAGAGAUCUGGGCUACAUCAAGUUCAUCGUCGACGUCACGAAGGUUUCCGUGAGAAAUGGCUUCAGCAAGGCGACGUUCGAGGGAGCCUUGGCCAGCCACAUCGCGUGCUACAAUCCGCGCGGUGAAGGAAUGGUCGGUUUCUUCAGGAACUCGUUUGCUAAAUGAAGCUCCGUGUGAAACUUUCAGAUACAAAUCGAGAAAUAAUUUUGUCUCCAUGCACCAAGUGAAGAUGGCAGAGGGGGAAAUACUGUAGAGGAUAUACAUUGGAUCAGGUGUGAUACUUGGAGCAUCCAAAGAUCCUACUAUGAGGACAUAUCUUUGCAGAGUCUCCUGUAAUGUAUGUGUCUUUUAAGCAAGUGAUCAAAAGUGAUCAUUUGCACUAUGCAUCA